UAAUUUUUUUCAAAAUAAAACCUCUUGUAUUACUGUGGGGUGACUUGGGACAAGUCUUCAAUGGUUAAAUGCUACUGUUACAUUGACUAAGUUUUCUAACUGUUUUUUGUACUUUUUAAAAAGUCAUUACUGUCCCAAGUCACCCCAAUGUGUAUUUGUCCCAAAUCCAUGAGUUUUCAAUCUUGUCCCAAGUCAACCCAUACUGGGGUGGCUUGGGACAAGCACAUAUUUUUUAAAAAAACACUUGGAUUUGAGGAAAAUGCUUUUGAUAAGUAUACUCAUGUAUUCUUUGCAUAUUCAAUGAGAAAAUGACUAAUAUAGAGGUAUAAAACAAAAAACUGUUUUCUAGAUCUUGCUAUGAAUGUUCCAAAACUGUCCCCAGUCACCCCAUUCUACGGUAUAUAAAAACAUCCCUCAUAAAGACAUGAUUGUACCCAGGCCAUCUUUUUUUCUUUCUUGACAUGUACCCUUGUAAAUUAUUUCAAAGAAGGGUGAAACUAUAAAGUUUAUAACCCUUAAAUAUUUGAUUACUAUAUUAUAUAUAUUUCCUCUUUUCAGCACCCCAUUUUAGGACCCCCUGGGUGCCUAAUAAAGGAAAUAUGGUCUAAAAUUGUCAAAAUGCACUUGCCAAAGUUUACAGUGGCUUACUCCUGAGUCCAAUAGUGUGUCCGACACUAAUAAUUUUCUGAAAUUUGCCAAGCCAGGACAUUCUUAUUCUUCACCCUCCUCUUAUUAAUAUUUGAAGUUUUUGCCACUCACAGCCCUGUGAAGCAAAAAUUAGGUUGGCAAACCGAUCUGACAGGUCGGCACAAGCAAGUCUAUUCAUAGCCAACCUGAUCAUCCUAGCUAAUUCACUGACUUAGUUAAAAGAACUACGUAGACAUGAAUCUCUAUUGCUUGGCCCCUUUGUUGUUGGUAACCAAGUCUUACACAAGAAAUUCAGCCAUGCGGUUCUUAACUAAAGCGGAGGUGAACACCUACGAAGCACAGAUGAAGCUAGUCUGCAAAACUGCACUUACAGGCUGAACAGACAUUAUAUCAUGGAUUUAAUUGUAGAUAAAACCUGUUGCGAGGGAUUUCUGUCACGGGGCUAGAUAAUUUCACUGGUCAGGUAAAUCAAUUAUUCUGUAAAUUACGAAUGUUAAAAAGUUAUAUGACAAAAUGGGGAGUUUACUUCAACAAGCCAACAUUCCUUCGUUCGUUUGACCAGGCCUGAUAAAUGCAGGAAACUUGAUUGACACUGGCAAAAUACAUACGCUAUACUGAAUGCUGUCGAAGAAUCUUGUUAGUAGCAAGUAAAGCUCCAAGCAAAAUAUGGAAACAGUAACAGUUUGUUGAAGCUACAUUUUUGAUACUUAUUUGUGAAAGAAGGUUAUUUUUGCUUAUGUAAUAAAUUAAUUUUCUCGGCAUGCCAACCAUGGAAAAAAUAUAGGUCGGCAAAAACAAGUCGACUUCAAUUUAAUGAGGGUUGGUUUUCAGGUUGGCAUUGCCGAGUGGCGACCUAGAUUCACAGGGCUGCACCCAGGAAAAAGUGCAGCUAGCGCAUUUUUAACAUUUGUAAAAACAGACAAUUUCCCAACUAUUAUUUCCAUGGUUGUAGAGUAAAUUGAGUACCAGAAUCAGUUGGUUGGAAUGUCGAUAGAUAGUGGUGUCCAUCCAUUCAGCUAUUAACACGCCCCAUUAAACGCAAAAUACUUGAUGAUAAACUUAGGUGCCUCUUUUAAGUGGAGUUUCCACUCUCCAUUUUACUUCACUCACACUCAAGGCUAAAUUUUUGAAGUGAAGCUAAUAAUAAUAUAAGUAAUGGUUGUGGGAUAAAGAUUGUUGCAUGACAGUCAUAGUAUACUAUUGUAUUAUAUUGUAAUACAAGCUUUUCUGACUGUGUUCAUACAUCAAAAAUUGUAAUAAAAAAUUGGUAUAGUCAGGUGACUUUAACCCCUAUUAUAUGUGACAUCCACCUAAUCAAUGCUUUAAACAUCCCUAUGUGUCUUUUUCUAUUGCCCAAAAAGCAGAUGUAAAUUACACAAGUUUUGUUACUAUCAAAAUAGGUAUUAAGAUAUUCCUGGACUCAAACAUUUUAUGUUUUAUAUCAUAGCCAUGCGGUGACCAGUAAGCAGAAAGAAAUGACAGGAAAAGUAAAUUCACAGGAUGUUAUGUUGCCUAUGGAUGUGCAAUGCAUAGUCUAGUGAAGCAAUUUGCCUAAUUAAGUGAUAAUAACAUAAUAAGGUUACUGUGAAUCCUACCUUUGAUUUUUUAUGAAAGGGUGCUUACAUUUUAAGUUAACAGAAUUUUCUCUCUAAUAGCUAAGAAAGUUGAAUUAUUGACGAGUACAAGUUUUGAAAAAGGCACAUUUGAAACUAAUCAAAAUUAAGAAUAAAAUUAAUUAGAUACAUUCCUUCUGGUUAGGAUAAUCAACAAAGGUUCAGUGGCGUGGUAAAUACUAUGUCAAACUUUUCUCUACUUUAAGUCCCUACCUACACCAACCUAUAAAAAAUUGUUGAGUUCGGACUUGAUGGGCCAUUACUAACAUCAUCAAAAUUCAAGUAGUGGAUUUUUUCCAUUGUUUUUUAUGGGCUUUUCAUUGUUAUGAAUUAAUUAUAAUAAUUAUAUUAAAUCAUUAUAAAGAAUAUAUCUUGAUUUAAAAUAAUUAUGUUCACCUUCCCUUUCAGUAUCCUUAAAACGCCAUUACACGAAAGUUAUAGUCAUUUCAUAUUUAAUGUAAGUUAGAGAAUAUGCAUAUAUAUUAUAGAUACAUUGAUGGCAGGAUCACGUCAUCUUCAGGGUAAUAUAAUUACACGAGUGAAGCAUUUGCUGAAAUCAGGAAGUUUAAAAGAAGCACCUGUUUGGUAUGACGUAGUUCGAAGAUUCCCUCCUCCAUCAACUAGCCUUUUGUCUUUGGUAGAGGAAGGGAGUCAAAAAGAUGUUCCAAAAAUAACUUAUCCUGUAGAUGAUAUAAAGAGAGAGUUUUAUAAAACUUAUUUCCGUGCUGUUCGAGAUCCAGAGAGUUUGUUUGAAGACGUUUCGACAAAAGAGACAAAAACAGAAUUGUUUUUGAGAGAAUACGAAAAAUAUUUAAAAGAAAGUCAGAACCACGAUACCGCUUUGACUCAGGCCUUUUCCUCUUUUGACGCUCAUUUAAAAACACUACGAGGAGAAAAAGUAAAUUAUCAAAUGGACUAUGAGGAUAAACAGAAUGCUGAAAAUGAUAUCGAAGAUCUAAGUGUUGAUGAUAUAUAUAAUUUGUUCAGUGAUCAAAAGAAAUCCUGAUUCAUGCCAAUGUAUGGAGUAGCUAA